UUGAUACUGAUGAAGCCCUUCAUGCCAUAGACCUGAGGGGGAAGAUGGAGGUGAAUUGGAGGGACAGACAUUAUGGCCAUAUCCGAGUAUGGAAUAGUCGAGCACGAUCUCUAUGUCCUGGAGCACGACUAGAGGGUGAUAUGUCGCCUGCUCAUCCAUACUUCGAUUGGUACGAUAGGGUGACUUGGAGGUUCAUCGACCACACUUCGGCUUCACUUGUUAUUAUGGUUGCCAGUCACAAGAAGUUGUUGAAACUUUAUACAGUAGGCAGUCCUGAGUACAAGCAUAUUUCAGCUGUACUUAAGACAGUGGAACGCCUUCACCGUAUAACUGCCCGACUUCCAUUGGAAGAUAUCAAUGGGGCAAAUCCAGAAGUGCCAGAAGAUACUAGACGACCAAGCACGAGCUCAACUCAUGUCAACCAUAGCCAUGGUCAGCGUGCUACAUCCCAUCAGGUUGUCAGUAGGGCAGAUCUCCCUCCACCCCCACAUGCAUCUCCUGCCCCAGAGUUCCCUCCACCUCCACAUGCAUCUCCUUCCCCAGAGAUCCCUCCACGUACUGCUCAUGCAGUUUCUGACCUAGAGAUCUUUCUACCCACUGCUCGUGCAUCUUUUCACCCCGAGAUCCCUUCACACACCUCACAUACAUUUUUUGAUCCUGCUCAUCUUUCAUUUACUCCACCAUCCUUUGAUCUCGGCCCUGAUUUCAGUCAAACCCCUCCUGUCAUGCACACACAAUCCCCAUCGUACAGCAUUGGUCAUAUAGACCAUGUACCGCCCCAUAGUCACUCCAUGUCAUUCAUGCCCACUCCUAGACUGCAUAUAGAUCCCAUGAGUAUGGGCACUCACAUUUCAUUUGCUACACCCUCCUCCCCCGCAGUUGUAGGAUCUUUAGUUGUUGGGAGUCAAACAAAACAGCCAGCUGUGCAUGUUGAGAAUGAGCAGGUUGUUGGGUUACAGUCACCCCUACCAGGUCGACCUAAACGUACAAUAAAAGCACCUCCUUGUGGGACAGGUGGUCACAAAGCAGGACACAACGCUGGCCCCACGCAACGUGAGGAGCCUCACGAAGGAGAUGCAGUACCCCCUCCCCCACAUACCAGACACUAUACGAGACAGCAUAAGCGUAAAAUGCAUUAGGACUAGCAUCCCAUAGAGGAAGAUGGAAUUGGUUUGAUGACAGUUAUUAAGGGUACUAGCAAAUUUCGUCGUUCAAGGAGGCAUUCUUAUGCCUCAGAUUUUUUUCCUCCUAGUAUGACUGAACUCAACUAUGCCUGUGAUCAAAUAAUCAGAUACACACAAUUCUGUCCCUAAUUAGCCCUCCCACCCAAUAGCUAAACGCCUAGUUCCACUGCUGAAAAUAGAGACUUACAGUUGGAGGCUGAAAGGUUGGACGUCCUCUGAGCAUUAAUCUCACUGGUUGGGUGGCAUCAGCAGGUGGAAUCUUUAAGAUUUGGAAUCUUUUAUUUUAGGGUUUAGGGUUGAGGGAGAGAGAGGGAUAUAUAUUGGUGCAGAAAACAUGAAUGUGGUCCCUACAAAUGGACCAAACUACCUUCCCUUGAUCAUGGACAGGGGUUUUGUUGGUGUAUUGCGUGAUUGGUGUGAAGCCUUUCCAACGUAUCCUAGAACUUAUGACUUGGUGCAUGCAGCCGGACUGCUAUCCCUUGAAAAUGUCCAGCAGCACCGUUGCACCACACUUGAUCUGUUCACUGAGAUUGAUUGAAUACUUUGUCCAGAGGUGCAUUUAGAUGGUACUCCUCACAAUUUAGAAGAAAGUGAUUUCUGUGAUUUUAGCUUUCUGGACAGAGGGCUUUUCAGUUCAGAUAUUUCUGUUUGUUUUAAAGGUGCCAUGCUUGAACCUGUUCGUAAAACACGAGAUGCAACGUUCUUUGUGAACAAUUCUAGUGAUAUUUAGGUUCCACGUGGACCAGAGCAGCCAGGUGCUGUUCAAAUUACCAUGCUGGAGCUGGCAGCACAAGGACAUGCUUCAAAGAAGCUUGCUAUAGGUACAAUUUAGAGCUACACAAGAAAGAAGAGAUUGCUGAGGAAAUUGCACGGUUGAGGAGUGCGGUUAGU